GUUUAAUUUAACUGUCUUGUUUCAUUUUUGUAAUUCCAUAAGAAAUUUAUUUUCUUUAGCUAGACUAUAAUUAACAGAGUUAGAUUUGAAGUUUUGAAAGAUCAAUACUAUCCAAGCGCAAUGACAGCAAAGUGCUGGAUUCAUCUGCUUCUCCUUGGUCUAUACUGCAUGCUGGAGAUCCAACCUUCUGCCUGCAAAAUUCGCUGGAGUGCACAGUUCCUGUGUGAUGUGAUGGAGCCUAAUAUUUCUUCAGUCCGAUUUGACUGUAGUGCUCGAGCUCUAGAGAAGGUACCUGAAGGGAUAACUAACAAUGUUACUGCCCUUGAUUUAUCGGAAAAUUCCUUGAAGACAAUUAAAGCUGACGCAUUUUCAGGUCUGCUGAAUCUGACUUGGCUUAAUCUCAACUGGGCAAACCUGAAGAAGAAAGUGAUCUUUAAGGCAAACCUCAAGAGCCUAACAAAACUGCAUGAGUUGAGGUUGGCUGGUAAUGGUUUUGAUGAAAUUCCAAACAACCUCCCUGAAAGUGUGGAAAUCCUUGAGCUGAAAAACAACAACAUCACAUUUCUGAGAGAUGGGAGCUUUGCUGGUUUACCAAACCUGAAACAACUCUGGUUAUCUAAUAACUGCUACUACUGGAAUCCAUGUGGAAAAUAUUUUAACAUCUCAGAAAACUGUUUUACUCACAUGUCCAAACUGCAAGAUCUGGAUCUGUCUUAUAACAACUUAAGCCAUGUUCCAAAAGGCCUACCGGAGUCUUUGACAAUGCUUAAUGUCAGUUGUAACAAAAUACAGCACAUAUCAAAGGAAGACUUUUUUGGUUUAAACCAGUUGAAACUCCUUAAAAUACAAGGAAACUGCCCCAGAUGUGAAAACGCUCCUUUUCCAUGUAUACCCUGCCCUAAACGUUCACUUCAAAUUGACCCUGAUGCAUUUGAAAAUCUGUCACAACUCGAGGAACUCAACAUGGGAGGAAACUCUCUGGAAUAUCUGAAUCCAUUGUGGUUUAAGAACCUAAGGAAGCUGAAACAUCUGCUCCUUUCAUUUAACUUUUUACUCAGUGAAUUUACUGGAAAGGCUAAGUUCCUGCGAUACCUCCCAAGGCUCGAAGUGAUGGAAUUUUCUUUCAACUAUGCUUUAAAACUUUAUCCCAAAACCAUUAAUCUUUCAAAUGAGUUUUCAAAACUUCAUUCAUUAAGAACCUUGCAUAUGGAGGGGUUGGUCUUCCAGAACAUUGGACCAGACACACUCAAGAGUCUCUAUGGACUUAAAAAUCUAUCAGCCCUGAAUUUGGGGACUAACUUUAUUAUUCAGGCUGAUUACACUGUUUUUACCAAAUUUAUUCCUUUGAAGAUGAUUUAUUUAGCAGAAAACAGGCUCUAUCCUACACCACAUACAAAUCAUUCUUACUCAGAAAAUGGAUACACUCAACAAGCAGAUUUUUCGAUUUCUUCAUUUAUAAAACUUCCGCCUAAAGACUUUUCAUUUGAGUUAUCUCAUGGCCUCAUAAAGCAACAGUGCUUUAACUCUGGACGAGUUCUAAUUCUUAGUUCAAAUAAUUUGUUCUUCAUUUCUCAAAAGCAGUUUGAAGGUUAUGGGGAUAUCGCCUGUCUGAAUCUAUCAGGGAAUGGAUUCUCUUCUGCACUUAAUGGCACAGAGUUCUCAUUACUGCCUAAUUUGACCUACUUGGACUUGUCUUUUAAUAAGAUCGAUCUGGCUUAUGACUAUGCCUUUCAGGAACUGAAAAAACUUGAGGUGUUAGACAUCAGUUGGAAUUCUCACUACUUUAAAUCUUAUGGGAUCACGCAUAAUUUGAACUUUAUAAAAAACCUACCUGUCCUGAGGGUACUUAAUAUGAGCCAUAAUUCAAUUUCAACUUUAACAACCAAACAGAUGCACAGCAGUUCUUUAGCAGAACUGCAGUUUACAUAUAACCAGCUUGGAACUCUUUGGAAAGAAGGAGAGGACUCCUAUAAGACUCUCUUUACCAACCUAAAGAAUUUGACAGUUCUAGAUAUAUCCUGGAACAAUAUUAAACAUAUUCCUGUCGAUGUUUAUGAAAAGCUUCCUCGGAACCUGACAGAACUACGCAUCAGUCACAACAAAAUGACAGAUUUUUUAUGGGACAGUCUAUCUUACUUCCCUCACCUUAGAAUUUUAGACCUGAGCCACAAUUCCUUGUCCAAUAUAGCCAGUGUUAAAAAAGCAACUAGCCUCUCUUUGACUUUUCUUGAUCUGACUCACAAUCACAUUUUUCACUUGGGAAAGUCAUUCUUCGGUGGCAUGAAAACCCUUGAGACUCUGAGCCUCAGCUCCAACAAACUGAAUAUCAUCAAUCAGUCCACCUUCCAACCAAAACCUGAGAAUCUUAAGACUUUGUUUUUGCAGAGAAACCCAUUUCAAUGUACAUGUGAUUCUUUGGAUUUCAUCGUAUGGAUUGGAAAAGGAGAGGUAAAGAUUCCAAGACUGACAACUGAUGUAAGAUGUGAAACACCAGAAAAGGACAGGAACCAACCACUGAUAUACUUUAAUAUUGACCAAUGUGUAAAUGACGAUGAGGCCUUCAGAAUGUACAUUCUCACAACCUUCUUCCUUAUUGUCUUUAUGUUUGUGGCAACAGUUGCUCACAUGUUCUACUGGGAUGCUACCUAUGUCAUGCACUAUAUCAAGGCUAAACUGAAGGGAUACAGAUCAUUGUACUCACAGGAAAAUAUUUAUGAUGUCUUUGUAACCUAUGACACCAAAGAUCCACGUGUAUCUGAUUGGGUAAUGAUGAAUCUACGAGUGAAAUUAGAAGAGGAGGGUGAGAAGCUUCUUCCGUUGUGCUUGGAGGAGAGGGACUGGCUCCCAGGAGUGCCUCUAGUGGAUAACCUAACACAGAGCAUCAGAAAUAGUCGCAAAACCCUGUUUGUCCUCACAGAGGGCUAUGUUAAGACUGGGGUGUUCAAACUGGCAAUGUAUCUGGCCCACCAGAGACUGCUUGAUGAAAAUAUGGAUGUGAUUGUGUUGCUGAUGCUGGAACCUGUGCUGCAGCAUUCUCACUUCCUGCGCCUAAGGAGGAGGCUGUGUGAGAAAAGUGUUGUGGAGUGGCCCAGAACAGCAGCUGCUGAACCUUGGUUCUGGCAGAACUUGAGAAAUGUUGUAAGGGUGGAUAAUCAGAUCAUGUAUGGCAAGACUUAUAAAAAGUUCUUCAACAGCAGGUAGAGAGGGGGUUAAUGGUUGUUGAAUAAAACAUAGGGAUUUUUUUUAUUUAUUUCUUAGGAUAUUUAUAUUUUGAAAUACACCAUAGUAUCUGUAAUUAUUUGCAUCAAAACAGGCCAGGAAUCUUACAUUUCAAAAAUAUGAAAAAAAAAAAAAAAUCAUUGUAAAUGACUUAUCUUUUACACCAGCAAGUGAAAGAGGGUGGUUAUCAUGCACAAUGACUGUCAUAAUCUAAACAAUAAACACAUUGAAAACAUAACUAAUCAUUAAUAAAAUGUAUUAAAUUCAGUGUAUGUUAGAAUGAGCUGAAUUCCUUUUUCUAUCAUGCUAGUUAUUCCAUUGUUAUCUAAAUUAUUUUAGGGUGGUCUAUAACUCAGGAAAUAUGGGGUACUUUCAUAAGUAGGAACUGCAUCUUUUUUGAUAAAAGGAUAAUUAUUUGAAAAGACCGUUGCUUAUUAUUUUAAUAUAUAUGUGUAUGUAAUGAUGUUAUACUGAUAUUUAUUCAAAUUCUGUCAAUUCACAUAAUUAAACAAAACGUUGAAAUAAUAAUAGAUUGUAUACAUUCAUGUCCAUUGAAAUGAUUGAUUUUUUCUACAAUCU